AUGCAAAUGCAAGGCAAAAUCGGAGACGUUGAACACGAAGAUUUCGAGUUUAAGUUGUUGCCAAACGAAGAAUUAACUUCGAAACACAUCAAUCCACAAAACUGGACUGUUUUUCCGCUUUUCAAUCGUCAUUUUCCUGUAAACAUUGAAGUAGCUAAUGAAACUAACACGUUAGAGAAGUUGUUCAUCGAUCAACAUGAAGAAUCUUCCUCAUGUUCAUCAUCUGAAACCGAUGAAUUGGAACUAAUACCUUCUGGAACGUUCUGCGUGUGGCAGCCAACGGUUAUACCUAACAGUAAAAAGAAUAGUUCUAUUGGAUAUGGAUCUAAACGGUGGAUAAUCCGGUAUUUGCUUCAGCGGAGCAAUAGCGAAGGUAAAGAGGCGGAUGGUUUGAAACAAAAACGGACCUCUGGUGAAGUUUUGAAAGGCGCGGGCUUGUGGAAGGCGCGAAUGAGUGUGCAUGAACGGUUUUAUGUGCAAAGAAGAGCGGAAAAUGAGGCUGGUAAGAGGAAAUCGUAUCUACCGUAUAGGAAGGAUCUGGUAGGGUUGUCGUUUGCGAAUGUGAAUGAAAUGGGGAAAAUGCUUUUGUUUUUGAUAUGA